GCCCAGAAAAGAAGAACAACAACAAAAGAUGAUGCAAACCCUAUUAUAACACAUAAACUCCAAAUUAAACUCAUCGGAUCGAUCGAUAUGGGGAUGGUGGAAGAAGCUCAUAACGUGAGGGUGAUCGGAAAAGGAUCUAAGACGGUGGUUCUGGCUCAUGGAUUUGGGACGGACCAGUCGGUGUGGAAGCAUCUGGUACCUCAUCUGGUUGAGGAUUAUCGUGUGGUUCUGUAUGAUAAUAUUGGAGCUGGUACGACCAAUCCUGAAUAUUACGACUUUGAACGAUAUUCCUCCGUCCAAGGCUUCGCCUACGACCUUAUCGCCAUCUUUGAAGAGCUUCAACUUCAAGACUGUAUCUUCGUUGGUCACUCUCUUUCUUCCAUGGUCGGCCUCCUUACUUCCAUCUCUCACCCUCAUCUCUUCUCUAAGCUCAUCUUAGUCUCCGCUACUCCAAGGCUUCUGAACGAUGCGGACUAUUACGGAGGGUUCCAUCAAGAAGAUCUGAGCCAACUGUUCGAAGGGAUGCAAUCUAACUACAAAGCAUGGUGCGCGGGGUUUGCUCCCAUGGCGGUCGGCGGCGAUCUGGACUCCGUCGCCGUCCAGGAAUUCGGCCGAACCCUCUUCAACAUGAGGCCCGACAUAGCCCUCAGCUUGACUCAGACCAUCUUCCAGUUCGACAUGAGGCACAUUCUCGGCCUCGUCACCGUCCCCUGCCACAUCAUUCAGAGCUCCAGGGACCACUCCGUCCCUCUCGUCGUCUCCGAAUACCUCCAACAACAUAUCGGCGCUAAGUCCAUCGUCGAGAUCACCCCCACCGAAGGUCACUUGCCGCAGUUGAGCUCGCCGGACAUCCUUGUCCCCGUUUUGCUCCGCCACAUCCGUGACGAUAUUGCCGACCCAAAAUGAUUAUCGAUAUCGCUCACUGCUUCUAGGUACAUCGUCGACGUUUUGGUUCCCAAAAUGCAAAACAAGAGAAAAAAAAACUACAUCAUCUAAGCACUCAAACAUGGUCAAGAAAAAUACAGUAUGUUAAAAAACUUUGAACUCCAAUUCACUAGACUAAAAGUUUAUAUCAGAUCUUAAGGAUCUUAAAAUCUUAUAGUAACUUUUAAUAUUUGAAAUAAUUUCCCCUAGUGAUCAGCUUAGUUCUUUUUUUCCCCCACUUUUGAACUUCUUCAUGUUCUUUUUUGUAACAUACUUAUUGCGUUUUGUAUGAAAGAAU